CACCAUAUGGUUGGCAUUUCUCUUUUCUGCAAAAAAGAAAGAGGAAUGAGAGAUGUAAAUCCCUUAUCACAGUGUCAGCUUUGAUGAACUGCGUAUCACAGGCUAUUGUGUCUUGAGUAGUAACAUAAUAUUUCAUCUCUUUUGUAAGGUUUCAGAAUCUGAGACUGAUUGCGGAGCUGAGGCAAACCAUCAUCACUGUUCUGUUUCUUUUAGGUAAAGGUGUGCAGGUUUUAUCAUACGAACAAGACAUGAAGCAGAAGGUUGUGUUGGGAGGAUGUCUAGUGUAAAUAGUGAUGGUUCUUUGGUUCUCUCUUUCACUGUGAUUUUUGUGACCACACUGUUUGUGUUCAGGUCAAAAAAGAGCCAGUCAAGCUAUUUCUUUCUCACCAUACCCCACAAGAAAGUGAAAUAACACAUCUUAUGUCUCCCUGAGAUUCCUUUCUUUAUUUCAAAACAUUUACCUCUCUCCUCACAUCCUCUCAAGCCUUCACCUUUCUCUGUGUUAUACUCCCAAUUCCCAUGACAGUUGGUGGGGACACUUGUGUUUUUCUUUAUCAGAUUCUUAUUUGCUUGAACAAAGUACUAGAAGCAAAACAAAAUUAAAAAAGAUAAAGAGAGAAAAAAGAAAAUCCCUUGAAUAAAGAAGUAGUAGCAAGAAUCUCUCUGCCCCUCACUCUCCUCUCCUACCUUCCAUCACUUUAAAGGUGCAGCCUACUCUUGAUUAUUUUCUUUUCUUAGAUGAAGACAAUCAUGUCAAAGAGUUUUCAAGACUUGUCCUCUAAGAGGCAGUUCCACUGGACAGCUAAAGUCAGCAAUGAAGAAGAAGACCAACAAGAACAAGAAGAAGAAGUAACAUCAAAAGAUCCAUCUCCAAAGCACUCAGAAGGGAAAGCAGAGAAUAUAAAGGUACAUUCUUUCAAGAAUCCUGAAGUCUCAAACACCAAGUCAUCAACUUUAAACACCAUCCAUGAAAACAAGGCAGAGGACAACAACAACCAGUUAAAGCAAGAAUCUUCUUCAGCAACUAGGAGGAAGCUGCAAACUAUAGCAGUAACCAGGCUAAAAUCUGUCCUAACGGCGUUCGGGCGAAACAGGUCUAACUUCCAACAAGGCCUUGGAACCAGAGUUGUAGGCACCCUUUUUGGGCACAGGCGUGGACAUGUGCAUUUUGCAUUUCAAAAAGAUUCCAGCUCACAGCCAGCCUUUUUAAUUGAGCUAGCCACACCUAUAAGUGGAUUAGUCCGAGAAAUGGCGUCCGGGUUGGUCCGAAUCGCCUUGGAAUGCGAUAAGGAGGAAGAAAAAAAAGUGUCUAGACUCAUAGAUGAGCCUGUGUGGAGGACUUACUGUAAUGGUAAAAAAUGUGGCUUUGCAACAAGAAGAGAAAUUGGGGCAAAAGAAGUGCAGAUUCUUAAAGCUGUGGAGCCAAUAUCAAUGGGUGCUGGUGUUUUGCCAGGGAAUGGAGAAGAAGAAAGUGCUGAUUCUGGUGAGAUUAUGUAUAUGAGGGCUAAAUUUGAGAGAGUUAUUGGAUCAAGAGAUUCAGAGGCAUUCUACAUGAUGAAUCCUGAUAGUAAUGGAGCUCCUGAACUUAGCAUUUAUUUGCUAAGAGUUUAAGGUUUAUCAACCAAAACUUAUUAGAAUAUUAGAUGAAGUCCUUUUCUUUCCUCUUCUCUCUUGAAGAGUUUAACUGAAUAUAUUAAUCUUUUCUUGAUCCAUGGACAUGGAGAUCUAGCAAUGUUCUAUGUUUUUGUUUUCUUUUUUCUUUUUUUUGUCUUUUAUUUUGGACAACAAUGGGUUACUGUAAUCUUUUUUUCUCUUUCUUGGGUGGAAUGGAAAAUAUAUGUUACCUAUAAA